CCAGUCACGCCAGUGCUCGGAGUGAAUGCGGUGGCGGCUCCGCGAACUACGCGGCCCCGGGCACGCAUCCUGCCCAGCGCAGGAGCAAGUCAGAAGGGAGCCGCGGAGUCACGCCAGCCGCGCAGGCGCACAGUGUGAUAUCGACGCUACGGAGCCGAAAGAAAGGACCGACGGGGUCGUCGGCUUUGCGCUCGCUGCCGGCGUGGAAGACGCACAUUGCAGGCUGGGGCGCGAGCUGGAAGCCACAGUCGUCGCUUCGGAUGCUGGAAGCCGAGGAGCCGAUGGGGCCACUUUCUUCUCGGAGGUGUUGCGGUGCUCUUCCAGCCAUAGGAGGUGUAGCUGAUGUGUGGGAAUCGCUUCGGAACUUGCGCGCAUACGACGCCUUCGCCGAGACUGAAAUUCGCGCCGCGGCUGUAAAGGUUGCUGAUAUCACGAUGGACUUCCCGUGACACCGGAGCUUCACAUAACGGACCCGAUUGCUAAAGUCUUGCCCACCCUCCAAACAAACUGCGCUGGCGCCGCCUUCGAGUGAGCUCGAACGUGAGAUGAAAAUCUGGGUCAAUACAGAUCCGCUAAAUGUGGUCAUUCCGAAAACGGCGUGCCGUGCGUCAACUCGCCAUCUCCCUGGCUGUUGUGGCGUUCUUUACUGGCGCCACGUACCUGUGCAUCCAGGGACGCACUCAGCUCGGAGACAUCAACUCUUCACUUUCGUCGCCAGGCCGUGUCCUCCAGUCGCUUCCGUUGAAAGUCUUCCCGAAGCGCCGCAUUUACGCGCGCCCUUUCGACUACCUAAUCGAUUCACGCCACCUGUGCCUUGGCAACGACACCAUUCCUCCCCGCGUCGACUAUUUAUUCAUGGUGUUCUCCGCCGUGGGCAACGCGGGGCACCGCAGUGCCAUCCGCGAGACCUGGGGCCGAGACGUCAAGUUGCACCCGGACACCAGGAUGGUGUUUCUUCUGGGUGCCACCAACGACUCGAGACUUCAGUCUUCCGUUCAAAGCGAGUCUUCGGUGCACUCGGACAUCAUUCAAGAGUCCUUCGUGGACGCCUAUCGCAACGUGACUCUCAAAUCUAUCAUGAUGUUGCGGUGGGCAUCCGCUUUCUGUCGCCACGCUCGAUUUGUUGUGAAGGUGGACGACGACACCUACCUGAACGCUGCAAACUUUUUCGCGACGAUGGCUUCGCGCCCUCCAGAUGCCAUAUACGGCCGCCUAUUCUCCCGCAGUGAACCAAUUCGAGAUCCGACCAACAAGUGGUACGUAAGCUUCGAAGAAUACUCCGAGUCCGUGUAUCCGAGCUACGUUGCGGGCUCCGCCUACGUGGUGGGCAGGCUAGUCGUGGAGACCCUUUACAGGGCUACGGGUCACGUGAAGCCUUUCCCCAUCGAGGACGCCUACAUCACCGGCUCCUGCGCCGAAAGCGCCGGAGUCCGUCGAGUUGGCCACUCGGGUUUCAACUCGCUCAAGAUGGAAUCUCUCUGCGAACUGAAGAACGCAGUGUCGUCUCAUUACACGUUGCCGAAGGAGAUGUAUGCCAUCAGAGAUCAGCUGCGGCGUACGGAACUCGUGUGCUACCGUCUUCUAUUUAACUUUGCGUUCUACUGUUACUGCAGGACGUGGCCUUCGACGUGAGAUGCUGCCGCCGUACGUGUUUAGCCAGUGAUCCCAAGUGGGCCUGGAGGCUUUCUACCGUCCACAAUACCGCUCGUGUUCGAAGAAAGAUGAGAGCCUUUGCAUUGUAGCGCAAUACCAUAUAGAGCGCAAAUUUACACAACCACCUCAAAGCGUGUUUUAAGUUUAUUAUGGAGGACAUUUCUUAUCAUGACAUAACAAUCUCUACAUUCUCAGUCGAAAUAGCUGAAUAAUAGUCAUGCUUUCUGGUAUAAAUAGUAAGCCAUGUGCCGAGACGGCAUAAAUGUGAAUAAUGUAAACAUUUUAUGUUCGAAUAACUUAACGAGACGUUAUUGAAAAUACCAUAUUUGGUAUUCCAUGUAGGUAAUUAAAUAGGCAUCUUAACAAUAAAGUAACCUAGUUAGUUUUUUCUAAGUCUAAUUAUUAUUCGGCUACCAGUUGUUAUUAGAAACCUCUUAAUUUUCUUGCUGAAACCUAGAUUUCGGAAUCAAAGUUUUAAUAAAAGAUGUUCAAUGUUUCUAGUAA